CAGAUUGCCACUACGUGAAAAGUUUAAAAUUUUUGGGAGUCAUGGGAUACUUUUCUCUAGCUACGAGCGUCAUUUUGUUACUCACGAUUUCGCAGAGCAAUCCGCAAGUUUAUCGUUUUCAGCAAGGAUGGCAAGUGAAUCCGAUGUACAUUGUGCGUCUUCGUCCCUCGAAUGCCGAGCCUUUUGAUCUGGUUCGUGACUUUUUCCGUGCCAAACGGAAUGCGGGUAUUUUCGAUGUGAUUCCCGGUUUGGGGGGACAAGAAGCGUAUCGUUUGCGACGAUCGACUGUCGUUAAGGCACCCACGAGUUUGCCGUUUCGACAGGGAGGAAAUCACCAAUUUUCCUUUGAUUGUACGUUUCGUGCGCCGCCUCAACAAAUGCCUGAACCGUAUGACUUGAUGAAAAUUACAAAUGCCGAUAAUAAUGAGGAGGCGUCAGUAAAUGUAAAUCCGCAAACGCGUACCGUUAAUUGCAUGUUGCCCCGUGGACCGAAUGGACCACCGCAACGUGUUAUCUUCCAAAAUCCACCAAUAUUCGACAAUCAAUGGCACAAGUUGUCAAUCGGCGUGACACCGAAUGAAGUUCAAUUAUUUGCCGACUGCAAAAAAGUAAAAUCUGUUCCGAUUCCACCCGUGCAAUUCACAACGCCCACAGGACUUACAGUUAUCGUUGCCAAGUCAACUAUUGGACCGGAUACUGUUCCACUCGAUUUGCAAGGAAUGAAAAUCAACACAGAUCCAAACAAGCCAUCGAAAGACUCCUGUCCCGAAUUGAAGGACGUUGAAUCGCCUGCUGACCCGCCAAAUCCGGAUGAACCGCCGAAAAAUCCCGAGUUGCCAAAUCGCUUUGAUAACGAGGACAAUGACGACGGCAAAGCAGAGCCAACCACACCGAAAAAUGCCGAGGAAUGUCCUGCUUGGCCGCCAACGGAUUGCGAAUUGGCGAAAGGAGAAAAGGGCGACAAAGGAGACGAAGGCCCGCAGGGACCACCUGGACCUCCAGGUGUUUGCGAUUGUCCGAACGCAACUACAAUGACCAUCGAUGACAUUUUGACAACUUUAUCGUCAACCAGCACGACAAUAAUGACAACAACGUCGACAACAACAACCGCAUCACCAACAACCGAAGGAGACGAAUCCACGACGCCAUCUCAGUGUAACAUGAUUUGUCCUCCGGGAUCGCCUGGAUUAGAUGGCAAGCCAGGUGAAAAAGGAGAACAAGGGCCCGAAGGUCCUCAAGGACCUCCAGGUCCUCCAGGACCCCCGGGACCUCCAGCAGAUGCUCCAACGACUGAAAGCUCAACAAGUGACGGCACUCCGCCGCCGCCAUCCCUCACAGAAGAUGACGUCAAAGACAUUUGCAACGCAAUCAUCAAGGAAAAACUGGAUGAAAUAUUUGCAUUUACGCCGGAAUUGUUGAAUGCAGAAAAUGCUGAGGGUGCACCUCCGCCAGCUAAAUAAUGUAUUUUGCAUUACAUGCAUGAAAAAAUCUCUUAAUUUGUAAUUAUAGUUUUCUACAAACCAUUUUUCGCUCGAAUUUAUUUAAAAAAAAAAUAAUUUGUCAUACAGUAAUUCUCUUUUUAUUGUACAUCUAAAAUUCUUUUGAAAGAGGAAUUUUUUUUAUCACAUUUAUGUAUCAUUGUUUGAAAUUUUUAAUCACAAGUUUGAUUCUCAAAAGAACACUUAACAAUGAAAUGUUGGACUUUGUA